CCCAGAGGUUGACCGAUGAGCAUACUGGGUGUGGAGCGCUUUUCUAUCCAUAUGAGACUGCAGUUUGGAAACAGGUUUACUUUUCUGUUUACCUGAGGUACGGAUCCUUUCUUUCUCUGUUACUUUCAGUGGGUCUCUUCAACGUCUUCAUUCUAAUCAUUUCAUCUGUGCCUUAUUCAGAGUUCUCAAUAUGAAUUUGGCCAAAAAACUUAUUGGAGGGCUCAUCGAUGUUGUAAGCAACAUCGAUCCAGCCCAAUUCGUUCCAUCUGACCCUCCACCUCCCAGAAGACCACUGGCAUAUGCCAAUCCCAAUGAAACUGAUGAGGAGAGGCAGUUUCGCAAAGUUUUUCAACAACUUGCAGGGGAUGACAUGGAGGUGAGCCCUAAUGAACUCAUGAAUAUUCUUAACAAGAUUAUCGCCAAACGUGGUGAUCUAAAGACAGAUGGUUUCAGUGUUGAGUCCUGCAGGAGCAUGGUGGCAGUAAUGGAUAGUGACAGUACUGGAAAGCUAGGCUUCGAGGAGUUCAAGUAUCUUUGGAAUAACAUCAAGAGGUGGCAGGGCAUUUAUAAGAAUUUUGAUGCAGACCGCUCUGGUAUGAUUGGAGCUUCCGAGCUGCCCGGAGCUUUCAGUUCAGCAGGUUUCCCACUUAAUGAUCAGCUUUUCCAGAUGAUUGUCCGUAGAUACAGUGACGCUGAUGGCAACAUGGACUUUGACAAUUUCAUUGGGUGUCUUGUGCGUCUAGAUGCUAUGUGCCGUGCCUUCAAGACACUUGACAAGGACAACAAUGGUACCAUUAAAGUUGACAUUCAGGAGUGGUUGCAGUUGACUAUGUACUCCUAAACAAACAAGAAUACUCCAUUCAGUUCUCCUACCUUGGUGGAAUAUCAUUGUCAUCAUUUUUAUAACAUGCCUUAUUGUUUUAUUGUUAGUUAAAAAGCAUGAAAUAAACAUGCUUCACUGACACUAGGUGGCAGCUUUGCUGCAAUAAGAUACAUGUUUGCAUUUUGACCUCUAAAUGUGUAGUCUACCCCAGUUUUAAUUCCAAAGCAAUUGCGUUAUUGUCUUCUGUUUAACAACCACCAUCAUUUAACGAAGUGCAUAACCAAAGAUUGAAAAUCUAUGCUUUUAGAUAUAAUGUGUAUAUAUAUGGACCGAGCAUGCAAGUUCAUUGAAGACAUGAAUUAAUGAAAGUUUUGAAGUGGUUUUUAUUACGCUGGCGCACAAAUAAACAUUAUUUGUUCUGGACAUACAAAA